CCAGACACCAGAUAUCUGAACAUACUAUCUGGUCUUGAAUCAGCACGUUUCUGAGAGUGCCACGGCGGAGGCGUAUCAUUUUAAAAGGUUUAUGUUCGGUUCCUCGCCGCGCCGAAUCGGAGCGAGGGAAAGUGGCAUUUUGGAGCAAAUCACGGAGGCGAAACUGAGGAAUUAAAGUCGUUCAUGUGGGAAAAGACAGGACUUUCGCGGACCAGCCGAGAGCUUCAAUUAAAACUCUCCAUGGCAUAAACCCUGUCCAACGAUUGAGUCGGUGUUUGAGGAGAGCUGCUGUGGGCUCCACAAUCCUGACGCCCCACUGCCAUUUUCCACAGCCUGAGGGGAACCAGGAAGCAGCCGACAGGAGUCAUGCCUGCCCUGGCCACGGGACCCGGCCACGAGCCAGGUCUGUAUGAGUUGCUGGCCGCUCUGCCCUCCCAGCUCCAGCAUCAUGUCAACCAACCAGAAGACAACACUUUCCUUCAUCACAUGUUUGGAGAGCGAAGUCUCCAGUCCCUUGUCAAAAUCCAUGAGCGAUUGCGCAACUAUGAGGCACGAAAACCCAUUCCCGCGUUGGACAACGUAACUGCUCUGUCCAAUGAUUUGUCUGAGGUGCUACGAGAGAAAUCAGCCACUGCAGAAAUCAAAGAGCUUCUGGAGAUUCUGGCCAAAAAACACGUCAGGAGCCUUCUAGAAGUCCAUGACACAGUUGCCCGGAAGAACUUCGACCCUGAACUACCUCCGCUGCCAGACGAUCUGGACGAGGAGGAGGACUCUGUAAAGAUCAUACGGCUGGUCAAGAACAAGGAGCCUCUUGGAGCGACAAUAAAGCAGGAUGAACGCACUGGAGCCAUCCUCGUGGCUCGAAUCAUGAGAGGCGGAGCCGCGGACAGAAGCGGACUUAUUCAUGUUGGUGAUGAGUUGAAGGAGGUCAAUGGAAUUCCAGUGGAUGACAAAAAGCCUGAGGAAAUCAUUCGUAUUCUUGCCCAAUCUCAAGGGGCCAUCACAUUUAAGGUGGUACCUGGUGCCAAGGAGGAGCCCGCAACCAAGGAGUCAAAAGUUUUUAUGAAGGCAUUCUUUGAUUACGACCCCAAAGAGGACAACGCCAUCCCGUGUAGAGAGGCCGGGCUGGCCUUUAAAAAGGGCUCUAUACUCCAGAUCAUGAGCCAAGAGGAUCCCACGUGGUGGCAGGCCAAACACGAAGGUGACGCCAACCCCCGUGCCGGUCUCAUUCCAUCCAAGCAGUUCCAGGAGAGGAGAUUCGCACUGCGACGGCCGGCGGCGACUCUUCCCCUCCCUCUUCAGAGAAACUCAAGCAGGCGAUCAUCUGGAACGUCUCAGACUUGUUCGGCGCACGGCGUCUCACUGGAUGAAGUGGCUUUAGAGUUUGAGGAUGCCGACUAUAGUAGCGGAUUCCACCUAGCUGGGUUCAGGAGAAGCUUCCGUCUCAGUCGAAGGGACAAGAAAACAAACAAGUCCAUGUACGAGUGCAAGAAGAGUGAAAUGUACGACAUGGCUGACGUGCCCACGUACGAAGAAGUCUCCAAGUACCGCAGGCAGAGCGGAGCUAAGCACAGACUGGUCAUUUUAGUAGGUCCUACGGGCGUCGGGUUGAACGAGCUCAAGAGAAAACUGCUGAUCUGUGAGCCCCAACACUUCAGCGUCACCAUCCCACACACCAGUCGAGCCAAGAAGAAUCAAGAGAGCGACGGUGUUGAGUACCACUUCAUCUCCAAACAUCUCUUUGAGACUGACAUUCACAACAACAAGUUCAUCGAGUAUGGCGAGUAUAAAGGGAAUUACUACGGCACAAGUCUAGACUCCAUACGCUCCGUCAUUUCCAAGAACAAAGUGUGCCUUUUGGAUGUCCAGCCUCAUACGAUUAAGCACCUGAGGACACCGGAGUUCAAACCCUUCGUGGUGUUCGUGAAGCCGCCGCCCAUCGACAGACUGCGGGAGACCAGGAAGAACGGUAAAAUCAUCUCCAGCAAGGACGACAAGGGAACCGCCAAGCCUUUCACGGAGGAGGACUUUCAGGAGAUGGUGGCCAGCGCCAAGACGAUGGAGAGUCAGUACGGUCACCUGUUCGAGAAGAUCAUCGUGAACGACGACCUCACCGAGGCGUUCGGCGAGCUGCGGCUGGCGCUGAAGAGAGUAGAGAGCGAAACCCACUGGGUUCCGGUCAGCUGGACUCACUCCUGAGAAGCAGAAAAUUGCAAGUGCAGAUACUUAUUUAGACUGUGUUGUGAUGAGAGCAGAGGGUCUGCGCUCACUGACCAGCCAUCAGAUUGGAUGCAGACCCGCGUUGCGGUCUGGAACUCGGAUCAGGAAAGUCCUGACGUGGAUAUUAAUCUCGCUCUGGGUCACAAGUCCAGAGAACGGAGCGAGAAAUCGGCCUCCCUGCCAACCUGUGUGCUCAGCAUCAAACCUGUAGGAACCAAAGGGACUGACAUUCUUUGUUACAAGCGUCUGGAGGGAAAGAAAACACGUUUGCCUUCUGUCUUUAAAGUUUGUUACAUACUUUCUUCCAAAAACAAAACAUCAGGUACAAAAAGGGGAAUAGUUUUAUUUAAAUAAAGUAAUAUAUUUCCUUCUUCUUCAUCAUCAUCAUGUCUGGAAGAACUGGGGAUCUGUCCGGAGAACUGUCCGUCCGUUCUCCACAUCCGUCUGAUCUGGAGAACUGUUGUUGUCCGUCUCUUGUUGCACUAAAAGGUUUUCUCUUUCGCUUCAAACUUCAGGACGCUAAACAAAUUAGCUUAAGUAUUUUCCAAACACAGCUUUUACUCCAUUUUAAAUGGUUGUUUUAUUCGAUUUUAUAUUCACUCAUCAUCAAGCCAAGAACAAGAUCUUAACUUUAACUUGAGUAUUAUUUCUCGCUGCACAAAUAUUCCCAAAAUGGAAGAGCAAAAACAGAUUUUUUUAUAACUUUCAUGGGAUUUAAAUCACGUUCAUCGAGUCCAGCCAGUAGGCAUAUCGACUGAUAUCGUUUUUCCAGUUUUAUUUUAAAUCAACUCUCUCAUAUCUUUAUUUUCAUAUCCAAACAUUUUAAAUAUUUAAGUUUGUAGUCAUUAAAAAAAAUCUAUUGAAUAACAUUAGCACAUUUCAGAAUCCAAAAUUAACUCUUUGAAUGUAGCCAUAAACCACUGUUCUAGCUCUAUUUAACUUGUUUUGUUUUUUUUUUAAUGUCAGGGUUUUAAAAGUGGUAAUAGCACACUAACUAAAGGGCAUACAGUCACUUCAGUAAAUUAUUAUUAUUUUUUUUUUAAAUUCCUGCCGACCAGCUUUUUACUAUAGCGUCUAUUUUAUUGCUCGGCGUUUGACUCGUACAGCUCUUUUCAUGUCCUGCUAUAAAUGGGAUGCUGUUUACUAGUCGUAUGGAUUUGCAUAUUCUUGCUAUGUUUUGUAUUAAAGAGAGUCUGUGUUCAUUUGACUUGUUCUGGAAGUACUUGGUUCUUUUUGCUGCCCCGCUGAGGUUCAGUGUGCAGCUCACAGUUGUGUAAUAAGAGUUGACGUCGUUCGUGACUGACAUCAGCAGAGAGAAGUAAAUGUUUUUCUCACCUUUGCGCCAUCUGUAUUUGAUUUUACUCCUCCCCCUCCAGUGUUUGUCGCAUUCUCUGUAUCAAAACAUAGGUAGAAGUAAAGCUUUCGCUUUGAUGAAGUCUCUGCGAGUUGAGCAGGUGAGGUGGUUGAACCCCGCUGUGUGUGUGUCGUGGGGAGCGCUCGUCCAAAUGACUAACUCAGACGUUCUGGACUCUUCUAAAACGGUAGUGAGUGGAGUCAGCAGAGGGUGGUAAAAGAGGGCUCUGGGGAAGACUGACCAGAUUUGGGUUUUAUGAAUUUCCCAAAUCAAGUGGCUCAGCCUUCACAUUUCCUCUUGUUAACAGAAUGUUCCUUAAUGGCAUCUGACAUCGAUCAGAUGGCAGGAAAGAAAGUGAAGGAGCGCUGCGUUUCGAAGCCUCAUCGGUCUGUGACUGUGACCACAACAAGAAUGUAGUAAAGCUGUUCGCUAAAGAACUUGUUUGUGGAAGAGAGAAAUUUGAGGUGACUUGAGGUACUUUACGUACGUUUUGCAGCAUAAGACACUUAACAGUUUUUAGAUGAGGGUCGUUCCAGGUCAGUAUGCUGGAAUUAAAGUAUGAAUAGAAGUUUUUUUUUUUUAUUUAGGAGCCACUAUCCAGAGUGAUUAAGGGAGGUGAAGAGAGGUGAGUGAAAGGGACACUUUAAAGGAGACUUGCCAGGAUGUUCAGGGGUUUGUAGGCUCUUCUGCCAGUUCACACCAUACAUGAUUUUAGAUUCGAUUUUCGGUUGAAUUUCAAUGUAGAGCUGCGAUUACGCGAGGCAGCCAGAUCACUAUAUGGAAGGGGAGCGAUGCGACACAUUUGGGGCAACAGGGUUGCAGCUUUAAUGCGUUUCAAUGCCCGGCAGUUGUUCUAUCAACAAAUGCUGUGCCGUUCCUGAAAUUCAUGAUUCACCAAGACGCCCUGGAGAGGACGCCCAAAUCACUAGUGAACCGUCACACUUGGUGUACAGUGAGAAGUGUCAUGUUGAGAAGUUUGGAGACAAAGUAACAUGGUUUGGAUAGGUGGAGAGGAGAGACAGGGGACUUGUGAGGCAAAAUUCGGACUGAACCACUGAGGUUCAGGGAUGUGGUAAACAAGUAUAUGUGACUAGCUGAAAGACGUUGAGGUGGGGAACAGGGGUGUUGUGUUAAAAGCAUAUAUCAUGAACAUAGUGUUUGCAAAGAGCCUGUGUCAAACGCAAGGCCUGCAAACCAAAUCCAGCAAACUAAAGUUGCAAAUAAAGAUCAGCAUCAAUUAUGACACACACACAGAACUAUAUUGUAAAUGUAAAAUUGUGA